AUGGCCACAGAUGACAAGACAUCGCCAACAUUGGACUCUUCUAAUGAUCUGCCUCGAUCUCCUACUAGUCCCUCUCAUCUCACGCACUUCAAACCUUUGACUCCAGAUCAGGAUGAACCUCCUUUUAAAUCAGCCUAUAGCUCUUUUGUAAAUCUUUUUCGAUUUAGUAAAGAGAGACCGGAAGGUGGACAGGGAGAUCAGCACUCUCUGAGUGGAAAUUGGGCUAGUCCUCAACACUCUUCAAGGACACAAUCUGUGAGAUCGCCUGUAGCCUAUAAAAAGCAGCUUAAUGAGGAUCUACAUCGUCGAUCUUCUACCGUAGUAGACACCAGAAGGAAAGCAGAAGCUGUCGUAGGAGGCCAUGAUCCUAGAACAGCUGUCCAGCUUCGAAGUCUCAGCACAGUAUUAAAGCGUCUCAAGGAAAUCAUGGAGGGGAAAAGCCAGGAUAGUGACCUGAAGCAGUACUGGAUGCCAGAUAGCCAAUGUAAAGAAUGUUACGACUGUAGUGAGAAGUUUACCACCUUUAGGCGUAGACACCAUUGCCGGCUAUGUGGUCAGAUCUUCUGUAGUCGAUGUUGUAAUCAGGAAAUCCCUGGAAAAUUUAUGGGCUACACAGGGGAUCUUCGAGCUUGCACUUAUUGUCGAAAAAUAGCUUUAAGUUAUGCUCAUUCCACAGAUAGUAAUUCCAUUGGGGAGGAUUUGAAUGCUCUCUCAGAUUCUGCCUCCUCUGUUUCUAUACUCGAUCCCAUUGAACCACGAACACCUGUUGGUAGUAGAAAAGCGAGCCGCAACAUAUUUCUAGAGGAGGAUUUAGCUUGGCAAAGUUUGAUUCAUCCAGACUCCUCAAGUACCACUCUCUCAACAAGACUUGGAUCUGUUCAGGAGGAUGCUGGAAAAUCUCCUGCUCGAAACAGAUCAGCCAGUAUUACUAACCUGUCAUUGGAUCGGUCUGGUUCUCCGAUGGUUCCCUCCUAUGAGACAUCUGUCAGCCCCCAGGCUAAUCGAACAUAUGUGAAAACAGAGGCCAGUGAGGAUGAACGCAAAAUUCUUCUGGACUCUGUUCAGUUAAAGGACUUGUGGAAGAAAAUCUGCCAUCAUAGUACUGGAAUGGAGUUCCAGGAUCACCGCUAUUGGCUGAGGACUCACCCCAACUGCAUUGUAGGAAAAGAAUUGGUCAAUUGGUUAAUCCGAAAUGGACACGUAACCACAAGAGCUCAAGCCAUAGCAAUUGGACAAGCAAUGGUUGAUGGACGUUGGCUAGACUGUGUCAGUCACCAUGAUCAGAUCUUCAGGGAUGAAUAUGCCUUAUAUAGACCACUACAGAGCACAGACUUUUCCGAGACACCUUCUCCAGACAGUGACUCAGUAAACUCUGUUGAGGGACACUCUGAGCCGUCUUGGUUUAAAGAUAUCAAGUUUGAUGACAGUGACACGGAGCAGAUUGCUGAAGAAGGGGAAGAGAACUUAGCCAAUUCUGCCAGUCCUAGCAAGCGUACAUCAGUCAGCAGCUUCCAGUCCACAAUGGACAGUGACUCAGCCGCUUCUAUCAGCCUGAACGUGGAGCUGGACAACGUGAACUUCCAUAUCAAGAAGCCCUCCAAGUACCCACAUGUGCCCCCUCACCCUGCUGACCAAAAAGAAUAUUUGAUUUCUGACAAUGGAGGACAACAAAUCUCAAUAAGUGACGCCUUCAUUAAAGAGUCCUUAUUCAACCGACGGGUAGAGGAGAAAUCCAAGGAGCUGCUUUUUACACCUUUAGGUUGGCAUCAUAGCAACCUGGAGCUCCUAAGGGAAGAAAAUGGGGAGAAACAAGCCAUGGAGAGAUUACUUUCUGCUAAUCAUAACCACAUGAUGGCACUACUCCAACAACUGCUCCACAAUGACUCAUUAUCACCAUCCUGGAGAGAUAUCAUUGUGCCAGUGGUCUGCCAGGUGGUUCAGACUGUCCGACCUGAUGUCAAAAAUAGGGAUGAUGACAUGGAUAUCCGUCAGUUUGUCCACAUCAAAAAGAUUCCAGGUGGAAAGAAGUUUGAUUCUAUGGUUGUCAAUGGCUUUGUGUGUACCAAGAAUAUUGCACAUAAAAAGAUGAAUUCUUCUAUUAAAAGUCCCAAAAUCCUUUUAUUGAAGUGUUCCAUCGAGUAUCUCUAUAGAGAAGAAACCAAAUUUACUUGCAUUGACCCAAUUGUUCUUCAGGAAAGAGAAUUCUUGAAGAAUUAUGUGCAGCGGAUAGUUGAUGUCCGACCUACUUUGGUCCUAGUUGAAAAAACUGUGUCUCGAAUUGCCCAGGAUAUGUUGCUGGAACAUGGUAUUACUUUAGUCAUUAAUGUAAAACCGCAAGUUUUAGAUCGAAUAAGUCGGAUGACCCAAGGUGACCUGGUGAUGUCAAUGGAUCAGUUGCUCACAAAGCCACAUUUAGGAACUUGUCAUAAAUUUUACAUGCAGAUAUUUCAGCUCCCUAAUGAUCAAACAAAAACACUGAUGUUCUUUGAAGGCUGUCCGCAGCACCUGGGCUGUACCAUCAAAUUGAGAGGAGGCUCUGAUUAUGAGCUGGCUCGAGUGAAGGAGAUCCUUAUAUUCAUGAUCUGUGUGGCUUACCAUUCUCAACUGGAAAUCUCUUUCCUUAUGGAUGAAUUUGCCAUGCCGCCAACAUUAACAAAAAACAGUUCAUUUCAUUCUCUAAUUGAAGAACAGGGAAAUGAUGGUGGUCAGCAGGACCAGUUUGGUGGGAGCCCCCUUCCUAGGGAGGCUGACUUUCUUCCUGACAAAUUGCCUCUAAUAUCUGAGUCUUUAUCUUCUGAUGAUAGUGGCCAGUUGGAAUCAAGGACCCUGUUUGAGAAAACUUACCAGGAAAAUGAAAGUGUUCCACAGGAUAGUGCCUCUUUGAAACAUCAGGAGCAUUUCACUACGCCUGGACCAUCAGUGAUACCCACUUUCUUUCCAUCGGUACCAGAGUCAUUAUUACCUAUCCAUAUUGAAGAGCAAGAUGAUGCUUUUGAUAAUGAAUCAGAGGCCUUGCCGCAAAGAGAUAAGAUACAGGAGCCCAAAAGUCAGAUGAGAGUCUUCAGAGACCCUCUCCAGGAUGACACAGGAUUUUAUGUUGCAGAAGAAGUGACAUCUUCUGAAGAUAGGCUCAAGACUCAUUCUUUAGCCUUCAAACAAGAAUUGAAAGAUGUUAUCCUUUGUAUCUCUCCAGUAAUCACAUUCCGGGAACCCUUCCUCCUAACUGAAAAAGGCAUGAAGUGUCCUACACGGGACUAUUUCCCUGAGCAGGUUUAUUUGUCUCCUCUACUCAAUAAAGAGUUAAAGGAGGUAGAGAGCAGAAGGAAGAAACAACUUCUUAGAGAUCUUUCCGGAAUUCAAGGCAUGAAUGGAAGUGUUCAGGCAAAACCUCUUCAAGUAUUAUUACCAUCCCAUGAGCUAGUGAGCACCAGAAUUACAGAACAUCUGGGUGAGAGUCAGAGGUUGGGUAGAAUGCUGGCAGAUUACCGGGCCAGAGGAGGACGGAUACAGCAGAAAAAUGCAGACCCUUUUAUUCAGUCGAAGGAUAUAUCAGAUAAUUCUGGAGGACGAUCUGGUAGCAAAACUGAGGGAGAUGAAGAUAGAAUCCCAAGUCAGAGUGAUGCAGUAUGGUCCACAAAGGUGGACUGUCUGAGUGCUGUCAACCACCAAAGGCUUUGUGUGCUUUUUAGUAGUUCCUCUGCCCAGUCCAGCAAUGCUCCCAGUGCAUGUGUUAGUCCUUGGAUUGUGACCAUGGAGUUUUAUGGGAAGAAUGACCUCACUUUAGGAAUAUUUUUAGAGAGGUAUUGUUUCAGGCCUUCUUACCAUUGUCCCAGCAUGUUUUGUGAUACUCCUAUGGUACAUCAUAUUCGUCGAUUUGUGCAUGGGCAAGGUUGUGUCCAGAUCGUACUGAAAGAAUUGGAUUCUCCAGUGCCUGGAUAUCAACACACAAUUCUUACCUAUUCCUGGUGUAGAAUCUGCAAACAGGUAACACCAGUUGUUGCUCUUUCCAAUGAUUCAUGGUCAAUGUCAUUUGCAAAAUACCUUGAGCUUAGAUUUUAUGGACACCAGUAUACUCGGAGAGCCAAUGUUGAACCAUGUGGUCACUCUAUCCACCAUGAUUAUCAUCAGUAUUUCUCCUAUAACCAAAUGGUGGCUUCCUUCAGUUAUUCUCCCAUUCGGCUUCUUGAAGUAUGUGUUCCAUUUCCCAAAAUAUACAUCAAACGUCAAGCCCCAUUAAAACUGUCCAUUCUUCAGGAUCUUAAGGACUUCUUUCAAAAAGUGUCACAGGUAUAUCUUGCUGUCGAUGAACGGCUUGCCUCUUUGAAAACUGACACGUUUAGUAAAACAAGAGAGGAAAAGAUGGAAGACAUCUUUGCACAAAAAGAGAUGGAGGAAGGUGAGUUCAAGAACUGGAUUGAGAAGAUGCAAGCAAGGCUGAUGAGCUCCUCCAUAGAAACCCCUCAGCAGCUGCAGUCAGUCUUUGAGUCUCUGAUUGCCAAGAAACAAAGCCUUUGUGAAAUGCUACAAGCCUGGAAUAACCGAUUACAGGAUCUUUUCCAACAGGAAAAAGGGAGAAAACGCCCCUCAGUUCCUCCAAGCCCUGGAAGAAUGAGACAAGGAGAAGAUAAUAAGAUAAGUACGAUGGAUGCAUCGCCACGCAAUGUUUCUCCUGGACUUCAGAAUGGAGAAAAAGAGGAUCGAUUCUUAACAACCUUAUCAAGUCAGAGUUCCACCAACUCCACACAUCUCCAGCUGCCUACUCCUCCUGAAGUCCUGUCUGACCAGCUGAUGGGAGGGCCUUCUGAAGCAGAUACAACUAGUAGCUCAGAAGAUGUAUUUGAUGGACAUUUAUUGGGAUCUACAGACAGCCAAGUGAAAGAAAAAUCAACAAUGAAGGCUAUAUUUGCAAAUUUGCUUCCAGGAAAUAGCUAUAAUCCUAUCCCCUUUCCUUUUGACCCAGAUAAACACUAUUUAAUGUAUGAACAUGAACGUGUACCCAUUGCAGUCUGUGAGAAGGAACCCAGCUCCAUUAUUGCUUUUGCUCUCAGUUGUAAGGAGUACAAGAAUGCCUUAGAUGAAUUAUCCAAAGUGUCUCUGCGGAAUACUACUGAGGAAGUGCUGCAAGCAAGCAGUACGUUGGACAACAGACCCAAGAGUAGCAGCCCUGUUAGAUUACCUGAGAUUGCUGGGGGACCAACAAGUCGACCAGCAGAAGCUGAACCUCAGCCACCCAAAAAGGCUUCGGGAGUAUUGUCUUUCUUCCGUGGCACAGGAGGGAAGAGCCCUGACCUGUCUUCUCAAAAGAAGGAGACUUUACGUGGUGCAGAUAGUGCUUACUACCAGGUUGGGCAGAUGGGCAAAGAAGGGACAGAGAACCAAGGAAUAGAACCUCAAGAUGAAAUAGAUGGAGGAGAGACCCAAAAAAAACAACUCGCAAAUCCUCAUGUUGAGCUUCAGUUUUCUGAUGCUAAUGCCAAGUUCUACUGCCGGCUCUAUUAUGCUGGAGAAUUUCAUAAGAUGCGUGAAGUAAUCUUGGGGAGCAGUGAAGAGGAUUUUAUCCGUUCCCUUUCUCAUUCUCUGCCCUGGCAAGCCAGGGGUGGAAAAUCAGGAGCUGCCUUUUAUGUGACUGAAGAUGACAGAUUCAUUUUGAAGCAGAUGCCCCGCCUGGAGGUCCAGUCUUUCCUUGACUUUGCGCCACACUACUUCACUUACAUUACUAAUGCUGUACAACAGAAGAGACCCACAGCAUUGGCCAAAAUUCUUGGGGUUUACCGGAUUGGUUAUAAGAACUCUCAGAAUAACACUGAGAAGAAACUGGAUCUCUUGGUCAUGGAAAAUCUCUUCUAUGGGAGAAAGAUGGCUCAGGUUUUUGAUCUGAAGGGCUCUCUUAGGAACCGAAAUGUGAAAACAGACACUGGGAAAGAGAGCUGUGAUGUUGUUCUGCUGGAUGAAAAUCUCUUAAAGAUGGUUCGAGAUAAUCCUCUGUACAUCCGUUCUCAUUGCAAAGCCGUGCUGAGAGCCUCUAUCCAUAGUGACUCCCAUUUUCUCUCCAGUCACCUCAUUAUAGACUAUUCUUUACUGGUGGGACGAGAUGAUACCAGUAAUGAGCUGGUAGUUGGAAUCAUUGAUUACAUCAGAACAUUUACGUGGGACAAAAAGCUUGAAAUGGUAGUGAAAUCAUCAGGAAUUUUAGGAGGCCAAGGUAAGAUGCCAACGGUAGUCUCUCCAGAAUUGUAUAGGACUAGAUUUUGUGAAGCAAUGGAUAAGUAUUUCCUAAUGGUGCCUGACCACUGGACAGGACUGGGUCUCAAUUGCUGAGAUGAAGCCCGUGUUUUGGAGUGAGCUAGAGAGAAGGGGGAACAGAAGAAGAGGGCCCAAAAGAAGCUCCAGGCUUUUCCUGUCCUUCACAUUCACCACUAUAUGCAAAGGCCUCUUAUUUCAAUACUUGUAGAGGCCAAAUGUACGGUACCUGUAAUGUAAAAUCUGCAUUUUAAUCUGCACUUUUUUUUCUGAUACAAGUGAGUUAGCUGUACACUGUCAGGAAACAUUGGAAGAUACAACCCUUCUUCCUCAUUUGAAUUGAAGGAGAGAGGGAAAUAUCAAAGGGCUAAAGGUGAAGUGUACAGUUAAGGGCCAGUAAAUAAGGGUGGGAAUAGUGAACCAUUAGAGCUGAAUGGUGACCAACAUAAUGCUGUCCCCAUCUUUUCAAAACGUUUUUGGUGAGUUCUUAUUUUGCGUUUUUGGUAUACAACCUAAUAUCACCUGUCAUCAGAAUUUUAAAACUGGUAUACAUUUGCCUAGUGGUUGGGUGAGGGUUCGUUUUUGUUUUAUGAAGUAUUCCAUUAAUGGCCAGUCAAAUAAGUCAGUGUGAUGUAUUACCACAGCAUAAAGAUUUGACAGAAGGUGGUUUUUAUCUUUCCUGAAGAACUGUAUUACUUGUAUAUCCCUAUAACUUUUCCCCACUUAAGUAUUUAUGAUGGUUUACAGAAUUAGUCCUCAGGCUUCUAUAAGUGCUGCCAUUAUGAGCAUUUUAGCCGACUGAUGACUACAGCAAUCACCAUAAAUCGUUUUGCAGUGCUGACUUUUUUCUUUGUACAAAGAUUUUUUGCGUUUAAUAUAUUUUAACUGUACCUCAUUCCUGUGUCCUUAUUAUUUAAUCUCCUUACCCCCAACACGUUCAAAAAAGCCAGUCAAGUCUAGCAAAGCAAGUCUGACCACUUAUUAAAUCUUGGAGUGUUCUUACAUUACCCCCCAAAAGCUACCUGAAGUGAAGAAUGCAGUCCAGUGUUUGUUUUAUGAAGGUGAAUCAACUCAAAUUUCUUCCCGUGUAAAGCAACCCAAGUUGAAUUUAUGGCAUUUUGGAAUUUCUAAAGGCCUAAAGUGAAUCUGCAUCUUUCACCUAAGCCAAUUUUCUACCUUCUUCUUAUUAGGCUAGUUCUUAGUACUCUGAGAUAUUGGAUAAAGUGUCACCUCUCAGGUCUAUAGAAUUCCAUUUCAUGGUCCCUUUUUGCUAAUUGUUUAAUGGUUAAUGUACUUAAAAGAAUACUAGAUUUUCUCUUAGGAAAAAGUAUUUGAUUGUCUUAAAGAAUAUCUUAAAAAUAAUCCUUUGAAAUCAGAUUAUUGCCCCUGGAUUUUUUCCUACCUUAUGAGUGGUUGAGCCAUAAUUAUUUCAAGUAGCACAUUCCUCAGUAUUUAUUCAGUAUACAUUCUUCAUGUAGUAAAAAUAAAACAUUGAAUAUUUUCAAGUUACAUAGAGUUCAGAUAUCUGGACACCCGAAGUAACAAUUCUUUUGAAAGUUUGUUCUGGGAAAUUAAAGAUCUAAUCAAUUAGUAUUUACCAGAAACUUGUGUGUUACAAUAAGUAAGCUUUCCAGGGAUUUAUGAAUUGCUGUAACAUGAAGAUAAGCAUUUUUUGUUUUUACUUUUUUUACAAAAAAAAAAAUUGCCCUUUUGUAGAUGUAAAAAAGCUUAGUGGUUUGUUUUGAUAUUUUACUAAAAAUGAAGGGCUUGUACAGAUAUGGGAAGUGUGGACAUCGUUAUUCUCAUCUUAAAUAUAUAACAAAACAAACAGUAAAACCGUGCUUUGGUUCCUAUAAGGUGGGUGAGAGAAUCCAUGAAUAUCAUAAUAUAUGUUUACUUUUGUCAUUUAUAUAGUGUGACUCCAUUAGAAAUUGUGCUCUUUAUUUUUUACAUUGGAUAGAGAGGGUAAGUUCAGGUCAAGGUUAACACUGUAAUUUCAAUAAAUUGGGCCCAGUUUCUUGAUUCCCAAAUAUAGUUUGAGACUGAAUUGCUAUUUCAAUGCCUUAGUAAAUAAAACUGUAUAGCCAUAUUCUAGAAUGUGGAGAAUGGCAGUGAAGGGAUUUGGAUGAUGUUGAAUAGAAGAUGGCUUUUAUAGCCUUCUGUCAAAUAAUCAUGUCUAGUCAUUUUCCUCUUCAGUAAGAUUCACUUGCUAUGAAAAAAGUUUCUAAAUCAAGACAUUCAGAUAUCCAAUAUUUAUUUAGAAUGUUGAUGUACCUCUUAACUUCUACAAUUUAGUUUGACAAGCACUUAAACCUGUUAAUAUGCUGAGGAAAGACAGGUUUUGAAUGCAAAAUAAAGCUUUGACUUGCUACUUAUUUCUCCUGUUAGGAUAUUGAGGCUUAUAUGCUCUAACUUCUUUUCUCUACCUUAGAUAAGAGAGAAUUUAUUAGAAUGCUUUAACUUGUUUUUCCCCCACUAAAAUCAAAGAUGGCCUUUUUUCAGCACCAUAUGCAGUAGCUGUAACACUAUAUGGAUAUGGUUGAAUACAUAAUGCCUUUCCUUUUUUGUGCAUAACAGAAAAAUCCCUGAAUGCCAUUUUUUAAAGCACCACUGUCUAGUAGAACUUGGUGGAAGCUUAUACAACCAUGUUUUGUUUUGUUCUUCAAGAUAAAUCUUGAAACAACAGAAUCAUUUGCCUUCAAGGAAUGACCUUUACCUUUAAAACCUGUUGCACACCUGAGAGUAGGAAAUAUAAGGUAACUUUAAGUCACAGAACAAAUUUGCCUCGAAAUUAAAAUUUAAGCCUUUUGCUUUAAAUAAAUAAAUAGACCAUAGUUGUUUUUGGUUUUUUUUGGUUGUUGUUUUUUGCCACUUGUAACAGGUUUUCCAAAUAUUAAUAACUGGAAAAUGAAUGUCUAAAAGUGAUUGACCUCUUUUCUCUCAUUCCCUGUCAUUGACUUGAAAAUAUUAAUACUUAAAAGUUAGGGACCAGGAAGAAAUUUUUAUGUUUUUGUUCUUGUGUAAUUGAUGGAUGAAAGUAAACUCUGUGUAUGUUACUUUACAAUAGUCUUUUAAAUAACUUUAUCAAACUGCAGUUUUUAUGGGCAUCAAAGACUGAUAAAAGUAAUUUGCCAAGUAAUAUCCAAGAGUAAAGAUAAUAAAUGGUACCAUCAUUUAAGAGAAAAAGAGCUUUCUCAGACCCUUUUGAACAUCUGAGUACUUGCAACUUAUAGAUGUAUCAAAACUGUUACCAGUAAAAAAAGAGCUUAUUUUAAUUAUGUCCUUGACGCAGGGAUGGAAUUUUUUUUUCUUAUUUUUAAUACCAUGGGUAGCAGAGCUUACACCAGCUUUUGUUAUUUCAGUCAGAAGUGUCUCUUUGGCGCUGCUCCCAUUCGAAACUUGACUUGUUCAAAACUGAUUAGCAAGGAAGGAUGUCUAUACCCAUAAGGAAGUGUGCUUUUAGAUCCUGGUGAAGGAACCAAAAAGAUUGCUGAAAAAAAUACUGUUAUCCUGACUGGGGAAACAGGUCUGGCCAUGACCCCUGGGUAUUGUUGACAGAGCGAAUGUGGAUCAGGCUUUAUUGUCCAGUGCAAUGUCUUUUUUUCUUUUUAAGAAGGGUGCAUUGUAUUAUAGGAAAAUCAAUUACAAUCAUGGGCAGUGUUUUACAAAUCACUGCUUUUAUCAGUUUUGUAUAAAUGUAAGAUGAAUUUUUGACAUUGUUCAUUUUAACUAGGAAAAUUACCUGUGUUGUAUAUCACAAUAACUUUUAAUUGAAGGAGAUCCAGCUAACUGUUGAAAGCACUUGAUGUAUUAUAUUGUAUAUAUUUUUAUUCUACCUUGGUUCUAGCUGUUUUAUAUGAUUGACAUGCUAACUAUUUAAGUGAUAUUUCCCAUGACUUUGGAAAAUUGUACUAUAUAUAAAUAAGAGUUCCAAUAAAUUAAGAUUUUAUUUCA